UCCUUGCGCCCCUACCAUCGAGAGCAGCUUCCGGCGUCGCUGGUGUAGGUGGGUGAAGAAGGAGUGGGCCUUCGCCGCUCUGUCUCACUCUCUCUCGCGCUUUCUCGGGCAACAUGGCGGGCGUGGAGGAGGCAGCGUCCUCCGGGAGCCACCUGAAUGGCGACCUGGAUCCAGACGACAGAGAAGAGGGAGCUGCCUCUACCGCUGAGGAAGCAGCUAAGAAAAAAAGACGGAAGAAGAAGAAGAGUAAAGGGGCUGCCACAGCAGGGCAACAGGAACCUGAUAAAGAAUCAGGAGCCUCAGUUGAUGAGGUAGCAAGACAAUUGGAAAGACAAGCAUUCGAAGAGAAAGAAAGAGAUGAUGAUGAUGAAGAUGGUGAUGGGGAUGGAGAUGGAGCAACUGGAAAGAAGAAGAAAAAGAAGAAGAAGAAGAGAGGACCAAAAGUUCAAACAGACCCUCCCUCAGUUCCAAUAUGUGACCUGUAUCCUAACGGUGUAUUUCCCAAAGGACAAGAAUGCGAGUACCCACCCACACAAGAUGGGCGAACAGCUGCUUGGAGAACUACGAGUGAAGAAAAGAAAGCAUUAGAUCAAGCCAGUGAAGAGAUUUGGAAUGAUUUUCGAGAAGCUGCGGAAGCACAUCGACAAGUUAGAAAAUACGUUAUGAGCUGGAUCAAGCCUGGGAUGACAAUGAUAGAAAUCUGUGAAAAGUUGGAAGACUGUUCACGAAAGCUAAUUAAAGAGAAUGGAUUAAAUGCAGGCCUGGCAUUUCCUACUGGAUGUUCUCUGAAUAACUGUGCUGCCCAUUAUACUCCAAAUGCUGGUGACACAACAGUAUUACAGUAUGAUGACAUCUGUAAGAUAGACUUUGGAACACAUAUAAGUGGUAGGAUUAUUGACUGUGCUUUUACUGUUACUUUUAAUCCCAAAUAUGAUACAUUAUUAAAAGCUGUAAAAGAUGCCACUAACACUGGAAUAAAGUGUGCUGGAAUUGAUGUCCGUCUGUGUGAUGUUGGUGAGGCCAUCCAAGAAGUUAUGGAAUCCUAUGAAGUUGAAAUAGAUGGGAAGACAUAUCAAGUGAAACCAAUCCGUAACCUAAAUGGACAUUCAAUUGGGCCAUAUAGAAUACAUGCUGGGAAAACAGUACCUAUUGUGAAAGGAGGAGAGGCAACAAGAAUGGAGGAAGGAGAGGUGUAUGCCAUUGAAACCUUUGGAAGCACAGGAAAAGGUGUUGUUCAUGAUGAUAUGGAAUGUUCACACUAUAUGAAAAACUUUGAUGUUGGACAUGUGCCAAUCAGGCUUCCAAGAACAAAACAUUUGUUAAAUGUCAUCAAUGAAAACUUUGGCACCCUUGCCUUCUGCCGCAGAUGGCUGGAUCGCUUGGGAGAAAGUAAAUACUUGAUGGCUUUGAAGAAUCUGUGUGAUUUGGGCAUUGUAGAUCCAUAUCCACCAUUAUGUGACAUUAAAGGAUCAUAUACAGCGCAGUUUGAACAUACCAUACUGUUGCGUCCAACGUGUAAAGAAGUUGUCAGCAGAGGAGAUGACUAUUAAACUUAGUCCAAAGCUGCCUCAACAUCUUUUAUUUUCUAAGCCUUGUUGGAAUACGUUAUACCAGAAGUAAUUUGCAACAUGUUGUCUGUUUAACAGUGGACCUAUGUAAUGCUUUUAUCCAUGUUUAAAAAGGAAGGAGUUUGAUCAAAGGCAAACCAUCUAAUGUAAUUAGCCAAGGAAAGAGUUUUCAGGACUUUCAAGUGUUAACUGUUUUUCCCAUCUAGGAAAUGCUAUAAAGCUCAAAUUAGUUAGGAGUGACUUAUAUACGUUUUUUGUUUUGAACACCUAAGAGAUGCUUUUCAGAUAUUUAUAUUGCCAUAUUCUUAAUUGAAUGCUUUGAAUGACUACAUCCAAUUCUGCACCUAUACCCUCUGGUAUUGCUUUUUAACCUUCCUGGAAUCCAUUUUCUAAAAAAUAAAGACAUUUUCAGAUCUGAGAGCUA